AUGACGCACACCAGCACACUCCGGAACUACGCUUCGGAACUGGCCUCUUCGUGGGAAAAUACGUCAGAUGCCGUCCUUCCAAUACUAACUGAUGUCUGCCAAUAUAUGGAGGACGUGGAGGAGACUUUCCGUAACCAGUCAGAGCAAGCAGUGGUGGUUCGUACACAAGUCAAACGACUGAGCGACAAGUGGGAGAAUAUUCGUCUUGCAUCCAAGCUGCAAGCGAAAGACUUCACACGCAUACACCUGUAUCGAACGGCAGCUUCCAUCGAUCUCGUAGAUCGCGACAGUACACCGUGGGCUUCGGGCUUUCAACUAUCACUACGCGUCACCCUGGUCCGGUCCGUCGAACAGUUCCUCGACAACAGCACAAAGCUUCCGACCAAACAUUUCGAUUUCGUGUCGCUGAUCGACUGGCUCAAUCUGAUCAACACCAUCACCAGCUUGAGCAAGUUGGCCAUUCACGCCUCGCCCAUGCCAGGUUGGGACGCUAGCGAGCUCCAAAUAGCGAAGUCAUUCGACUACUAUCGCGAACAGCUAUCCUCGCAGAUGCCUCGCCCUCGCGAUGCUCAAGACAGUCAAGAAGACGCGUUUGAGCGCUUCCGACGCAUCACUUCAGUCAUGAGACUAGCGCUGCACGAUGCAAUGGGUAGGGGAAGCCCGAACGGCAACACAUUUGAGCUAGCGACAGGCUCGGGACGGACUGUAUCUCUCCUCCACAAUCUGUCACUGCCUAAAAUCAACGGGAGUGGUACGACCAAUGGAGUGGAGAAAUUACCGAGUUUACGGGACGUGACUCCGUCGCUCGAUAUUACCAGCACCGACUUCCACUGGAAGUUCCUCAUGGGCGCGGUCUGA